AUGAAUAUGAAGGACAUAGCCAGAGCAUGGGCCCAUCCCCACCUUGACCAACAAGGGGCCCUUAUUCAAACAGUUGACAAGUUUAGGACAGAGUUUCUGGCUGCAUUUGGAAACCCAGAUGCCACACAAGCUGCCAAGCAGCAAAUCACCCAACUCACUCAGACAGGGACUUGCGCUGAGUACAUUACAAAGUUUAAAACCAUAGCCAUGGAUCUAGACUGGAACAACACUGCCCUCUGUGGGCAAUUUGCACAUGGCCUCCACUGGGAGGUCAGCCACCUCAUUGCCACUCAUGAGCAGCACCCAACUACCCUCCUGGAGCUGCAGAAUGCAGCCCUGGUCAUCAACAAUGCCCUCCAAAAGGAAUGUGCCAGCCACCUGCCAAAGGGUAAUAAGUCUGGCUCCUCCAUCAACACCCCCAAUAGGGGGGCUGUCAUAGACACAUUCAACACCACAAAAUUUAUUCCAAUUUUCUCAAUUUUAAACAAAGUUGAACAGACAACAUUUUUGAUCAUGUGA